CAACCCUUUUAAUCAGCGACGUUUCGUCAAGCGUGUUGCCGUAUACAUCUAAAGACAAAAACAAACAAACUAAAAAAACAUUUAAUUUAUUAUGCAUUUUAAGACGCGAAUUUGCGUUGGAUGUUGGAAGACUAGAAACUAAAAGAUUGAAUAUACAUAUUUACAGGUAUAUUGUGUCUUGUGAUUGGGAUUCUGUUAGUUUAUUUAGACCUCAGAAGUCCUGACCACCUGGCCUCACUGUUCGGUGUGGACGUGUUGAAUGACUAUGAAGAAUAUUACAUUGGAUCACGGGACUCGAAUUCCGAGCGCCCUCUCGAAGAAAACGAUGCAACUACUGAAGGAACAAGUUCGGAACGCCAUUCUACCACUGCUAAGGAACUUUACGGUUUACGGAAACGUGGGCUGCUAUCGAGUUUUAAAAGAAGUUCGGAAACGCGCCCUCUACCGGCACCUAGGUGCAUUUUCAAUAGAAAUAGAACAUUACAGGAUCCUCCCGUAUACGAGAACGUCACCAUAUCAUAUAAAAGGUUGGAGCAAGUAUAUUCGAGCUCUUACGAAAAUAUUCUCAUGCAAGAGUUAUAGACGUACUUUGAACAAGAACGAGUGAUUGGUCACAACCCUGAACGAAAAUAUUCUCAUGCAAGAGUUAUAGACGUACUUUGAACAAGAACGAGUGAUUGGUCACAACCCUGAUUUAGGUCGUGGAACGUCGCAGUGUCUUUGUUAUCUCAUUUUUUAAACCUACUUUUUAAUGGAAUGUAGCAUUUAUUUUCAAAGAUAGUGAUUUCGACCCUCUUCAGUAACCAUGGAGAAGGACAGGUCGAAAAAUAAAAUAGGUUUCUAAUAAUGA